UCGGUCGCUCGCUCGGUCCGCAGCCAUCUACUGCUCCGUGAACGCUGGAUUUCACAGCUUCAGAGAUCGCUAAUUAGCAGCCCAGCACAGGAGGAUACAGAAAAGAACAAUAAUCAACACCGUGUUCACGUCACCUGAAGCCCAUGUGGGAGAGAUUUCAAACAAGUCCUGAGGAAACGGUGAUGUUUAAUGGCCGCCCCCUUCCGAGGUUGGAGCCCUUGCAAUCAUAGAUCCGUCAUCAAGGAAAAGCUCUCAUAAUGGCAAGCCCUUACCUCCAGACUGCACUAUUUGACCCCUCCUGUAGAGGGUGUAUUUGCUGAGGGAGGGGUAGUGAAACUGGGACAAGCUUGCCUGUGAAGAUAAAAAUCACCCAAACCAUGUAGUGUACCUUUCUCCAAGGCGGGGGGAGGGUCUACGUUUGAGUCUGGUUUAUUUUUUAUUCAUUUCAGUUUAUGUAAUCUCUGGAACAGAUUUGUGCUUGCUUGUUUAAAGAGUGCAUGUGGGUGUGGACAGUGUGCGAGGUGAGGAGAAAGUGACAGAGAGGAAGAAAGAGAGAGAAAGAGGGAAAGAGAUGGUCCUCCACAUCACCCCUUACUCCAGUGCCUGUCUGCACUUCCUGGAUGGCUUAUCAUGGAGCCUGGUGUUCCCCAGCUACUGGCUCCUGGACCGACUCCUGGCCUCCUGCGUGGCGACCUCACUGGAGAAGCGUCAGCGUUCCCAGGACCCAUGCUCCUUCCUCACCCUGUGUGUCCUGAUCGCCGCACCCCUUUACCUGCUCCUCCUCCUCGCUUCCCUGCCUUUUGCGCUGCUGGGCUUCAUCAUCUGGGCUCCUCUGCAGGCCAUCCGCCAGCCUUACCUGUACACCUACUCCAGACCAGACAAGCACGAGGCUGAGCAGGGCCAGGCAGGGCCGGGGGGUAUCGGGGAAUGGAGGCCCCAGGGCAGGAGCUUCUGUUUUAGCAGUGCCAACGUUUGCCUGCUGCCUGACUCCCUGGCCAGGUUCAACAACCUGUCAGACACCCACAGGAGAGCUUGCGAGGUGGGGAAGAGGAUCCGCAAUGGUGCCAGUCGGCCUCAGAUAAAAAUCUACAUUGACUCACCUACCAACACUUCCAUCAGUGCGGCAUCUUUCAGCAGCCUGGCCACAGGUUUCCGCCGUACCUCCUCUCUUGACCAUCGUCCAGACCAAACACACACCACCAAUGGCCCAGCUGACACUGAAACUGAGGCCCUCACCGAGUGCCCAAUUCACCCCUCAGGUGCCACCAACUGCCCCGUUCACCCUACUACAGGAGACCAGGGGUCCUCUGAAUGCCCUCUUCACUCAGAUGGAGCAGACACUACAGCAGACUGCCCCCUCCACACCACAGGGGCUAACAACAGCUCAGACUGUCCCGUUCACACCUCAGGGGAGGCUCCAGACUGCCCCAUGCAUUCCACAGGGCCACAGAGUGGCCCCGGCCAUCAUGACUGCCCCAUGCAUGGGGAAGGGACCCAGCCAAAACCCUCCCCAGACUGUCCACUUCACACCUCAGGAGUUCAAAUCAGCAUCAGUGCCCCAGAGCCAGACCCCCAGGAAGAGGAGGCCGAGAAAGGGAACCAUCGGCCCGGGGAGCAGGCAGGGGGAGACACGGGCAGCAUGACUGCCUCGAGGGAGUCCCUCACUCGUUACCAUGGAGGUGACAGCGGUGGAAUGAUAUCCUCCAACAACACCCUCUCUCACGUUCCACGCACGUCAAUCUUUAAGCGCCCAGGACGGAAACGCCGCCACGGAGACGAGACAUUCGACCAUGAGAUCUCUGCCUUUUUCCCUGCCAACUUGGAUUUCCUGGCACUACAGGAAGUGUUUGACCAUGGAUCGACGACUAGACUGCGGCGUCAGUUGCAUCGCUACUUCCCCUACGUGCUGAGUGAUGUUGGGCGGUACGGCUGGAAAGGCUGCUGCUCCAGGUUCAAAUUCCUGAACAGUGGACUGAUGCUGGCCAGCCGCUAUCCAAUCCUGGAUGUGCGCUACGAGUGCUACCCCAACGGGAGAGGGGAGGACGCACUGGCAGCCAAGGGAGUGCUGUUUGCCAAGGUUCACGUGGGCACCUCCCAUCAGGAGCAAAGGGUUGUGGGAUAUCUCACGUGUACGCACCUCCACGCCAUAGAAGGUGAUGCCUCUGUGCGAUGUGAGCAGCUGGACUUGUUGCUCCAGUGGGGCGCAGAGUUUCGCCAAUCCUCAUCACAACCACCUGAGGGAGAGAAGGUGCUGGAAGAUCUGGUGGCCUUUGAUGUCAUCCUGGGAGACCUCAACUUUGACAACUGCUCUUCAGAGGACAAACUGGAGCAGCAGCAUGCACUUUUUACUCAAUACAAGGACCCGUGUCGCCUGGGGCCAGGGGAGGACAAACCAUGGGCUCUGGGUACACUACUGGAUACCAGUGGCCUUUAUGACGAUGAGGUCAGUUCACCGGAAAGUUUACAAAAAGUGAUGGAGAAUGAGGAGGGGAGGAAGGAGUACCUGGUGUUUCCUCCCAGUAAGAACCAGUGUCCCGCCAGCAGUCAGAAGGGGAGGAAGAUCCCACUGAAGGGCAACGGACGCCGGAUUGACUACAUCCUGUACAGCGACGAGAGCCUGCAGCAGGACUGGAAACUGGAUAUCGAGGAGUUCAGCUUUGUAACCCAGUUGGCCGGCCUCACCGACCACCUGUCUGUGGCCAUGCGACUGGCUGUGUCCACCGGGGAAGAGGAGCCUUAGAUUGAUCACCUGCGCUUUUUAAAAUUACUGCCAUAGAGGGACGACAGACAACCAAGAGGAGAAAAAGAGAUGAAGAGUUAACAGAUAUGGAGUGGCCUGAGAGAGACACAAUGCAGUAUUGCGAGAGGGCUGAUGGGACAUCGGAAAAAGGAUGGAUGAACCACUGGACAAGCACUCAGUUGAUGGAUGGAUAUGAAGGUGGUAGAGGAGAGCAUUAGUAGGGGAGUGAUAGGAAAGAGAAAGACUCUGGUGGGGAAAGAUAAGCAGGGGAAUUCUGUUUAGAAAGCCCUAAAGAUAGUCAUCCCCCCUGGGAAACCACACACACACACACACAAACACACACCCCUCACACACAAACAAAAGUGAUGAACAUUUUGACUGUUGAAUAUCGCCUGGCCUCUCUGCUCCUCUUCUCUCCAUAAGGACAACACACUCCCUGAUGAACUGAAUCCAGAGGGUUUUAUUUAGUGAAUUGUUUCAUGUAGCCAAUUUACACACGCUCCUUUUAUUGAAUCUGUUUUAGCCGUAGUAUAAGUAUGUUUUUUUUUUAUGUUUCUACCUUCAGGGACAGUUGGAUCCUCAUUCUUUAGACUGUGUAUAAAAGGAAAAUACAUUAAGUGAUGAGAGUGAAGUGUCCAGCUACUGACUGGCCUAUACACUGACCGUCUGUGUCUUUGUGUUGUGCUCCUUCCUGAAAGGCUAUUGGUCAGUUCUGCUGUCAGUUAUUUACCUUACUACUCCCACAUCAGUCCCAGGAACCUCAACAAGUGUCUUUUUUUCUAAAAAAUAAAAAUCUUGUCUUUCUAAAAGGGGAAAAAUAAUAUGAUACAAUUUCUAUUGUCACCACACCACUUUUUAUAGGGAGUUUAAAUGCCUGUUUAAUACUAUAUGGUAUGUUUCUAAAAAAAAAAAGGUAUUAUAUAAAGGGACAUGGAAUUGGAGAAAAAGUUGCUUGUUUGGUUGCUUAUAGCAUGUUUUUCAGCUAUGACUGGUGAAAACUAGGAAAGUAAAGGACAUUUUUUUUGGUGUAAUAGUGGGAACUGAGGCUUUGUUGAUGCAUGAUGGGAAAUGGUAUCAGUUUACAACUUUAAUAUAGUGGCUUGAUACACACUUGCUAGAGUCUGGAUGCCUGACGAGUCAAGAGGCAUUUUGCCCUGAAACACACACUUACUGUAUGCCAGUGUGAUAUUUCUGCAUGUGAUCCAACCGGCUAAUGACACUUAACACACACAACAGUACGCACGGAAACAUACUGAGGAUUUACAUAAAGCAGGCACGCGUCAUGUAUAGAGGGAUUUCAGGUACUGUACUGUACUGUAACAUACCCUCUUGCGGCCAUAUUGGAGGUCCUCAAAUGACUUGGUUGUCUUUGAGUAGAUAUUAUCAGCUUGUUAGCUAGCAAACCACUGUAGCUAUCUGGUUAGCGAGCCUUCACAGUCUUGUAAGCACGUCUGAUUUGUACACUAGCUAAGUAUAGAGUAUACAGCACAGUUUUUGAUUUUAGCACAGCCAGUUGUCCAGCAGACCACCAUGAAGACAGCCAUAUUGUGACGCAACUGCAAAACCUCAUUCAGAAAAAUUUUAAAGACCUACAGGUUGCACACACUCUGUACAACAUGCCAAGUAUGUGUAAAAACAUUUUCUUAAGUUCUAAAUGAUCCCAAAGAUUAAGACAGCCCACCCAUAAAUAUACUGAAUUCAUGUUGUGCAAAGCUUAAUGAAUUCACACAAACCCAGCAUACCAAGUACACAAAUACAUGGAGUAGUGUAACACUACAGUGCAACACGACUUAGGGUUCAGACUGAACACAAAACAAAUUUUAGAGGCUGUGUGAUUGCAUAUAAAGUCAUUGCAAAGAUGCAAAUGAAUGUCACUUCACUCCAGGUGGCACAAAAUGAGGCAAGAUGUAUCCACCAAGUUCUAAAUGUUUUAACUAUUGACUGUAUAUAGAGAUGGACGUCAUGACAGCUCCCCAAAAGUGAAGCCAAAACAUCUCGAUCUCCCCCGGUGGCUAGUCAAAUUUACACAGAUAACACACAAUGCAAAAAUUUGCUUUAAGUUCAGUCUGAACACACCUGCUGGUUGAACUACUGUAACUGCAGACACAUAUCAAUGCAGAAAUUACAUCUGGCAUAUUUUAACUUGUUAUAAUGAUAUUAUUACAUGGCAUUCACAUUUGUAACUCCCAAUCUUAAGCAGAGCCACACAGACCAUGGUGUCAAACAGGAGCCGGAGCCUUGUGAGGACCAGUGUCAACUGAAUACAUAUGUUUUGAUAGAUUGACAAAGUAGCUGUUAAGUGCUGAGAUUUUUGUCCUUUUGAUCCCUGUAGAUCUUUGGUUGUGGUGCUCCCUAUAAAUGUGGGCAAUAUUGAGUGACAGGCCAUUACAUUUACCUCAAAAGUGAGAAAAAAGGAACUAAUUGUGUAGCAGCUUGGCAAAAUUUAGAAUGACAUGGACAGUGGCCACAUUUCAGCAUAAGUGACAAUUAUGAAACAAUGGUAAAUGCUAAAAUAUUAUGUAAAAGUUGCACAAAUAGAGAGGAGCUGUAAAAUCAACAAAUUGGCUAAAUAAUGUCAGUUACACACCAAUAUCUAUCUAAAGUUUGCGAACAUUAGCCACUGGUUCUGUAUUAUGGUCAAACUAGCAGACCAAGUAAGGCUGUAGCAGCUAAACCCCUGAAUGUAAGGGCAGGUUUUAUUACUUAAGAUUUCAACUUUUCAUUUUUAAGUGAUAAUAAGAGAAAUAAUGUGAUAAUGGUGGUCUAUUGCAAGUGCGUACUAAUGUUAGUUAGCAUGAAGCAUCAGAUCAAUGAUCUACUAGGAACACAUGGAUCAAGUUGGUGUCCAUGAUUGGACGACUACCAAAAUCAUGGAGUAUAUUUGUUUUAGAGCUAUGUGUAAAACAUCAGUUACGUAGAAGCUUGUCUCUCUGCAAGGUUUCCAGAUACUGUGUGAUCUCCAUGGUCUGCACUGUGAACAAUGUUUACAACAGCUUUUUGAUCUGUCUGCCUGUUUCUUGGCACUAGAGGGAAGGUUUUAAAGUGUCAGUUUCAACACAGAUGUGUGUGUACGUUUGGGCAGCUCACAUUGUGUUACUCUUUUCGAUACAAAUGUGCUAAUUAGUGUUUCUCUGAACACAUUGUGCUGAAAGGUUACAGAUGAGGGGUGCCUUCCAUUCUGCUAAUUCUGCUUCCUCCAUCUUGCUCCUCUCUUCUCCAGCCCCUGGCGCGGAAGUCAAUCGAGGUUCACCAUCAUCAAGGACAUCCCAAUCCCUUAAAUGCGAGAAGAGUGUUGGUUGUAUUUCUAUUAGUCACAUGAUUCCUUGAUGCUGCAGUAGAUCUAUAAUCAA